CAUUCAACACUCUCCUCGUACUGGUAUCCUCCACGUGCCUCGUGGAACUGCACGUUGGGCUUACCAUACGCAUGGGAACAAGCGAUCGACUCAGCGGGCAAUCUUUACUUCAUUAAUCACAUAACACGUGAAACAACCUACGAAGAUCCUCGUCAAACUGCAUCCAAGCGUAUCGUUCAAAUUUCACGCGAUCUGACGCAUGGCUACGGUUUUGUGGCCGCAUCUCAACGUCCCGUCGUUGUGCAGUUUGUAUCACCAGCUGGUCCGAGCUGUGGUAAAUUAUUUGUGAAUGAUCAAAUUUUAACUGUGAAUGGGAUAAACGUCGAGGAUGCAACUAAGGAGAAAGUGGUUGAUUUGAUUCAAAAUUCAAAUCAACUAUUAACUCUGAUUGUUUCGCAAGUGCCUUUAAGUCAGGUAACUUCAUUAGUUCAUUCACUUCUUAUUUCAUGA